AUGGCACCCGCCGGUGCCCCCCCACUCACCCACCCCCUUACCGGAGCGCUCGCAGAGCCCUCGCGCUUCCGGCCCGGGGGCGUCUCUAGGCUGCGCCGGAAGCCGCCCCCGGUUUCGGGCCCGCUUCUCGCCUGGGGGGGGCCCGGGGCCGCGCCGCCCCCCCGCGCUCGGCCGCGGCGGGACGACGGCUGUGAGCGCCCUGCUGCGCUGCUUCCCCUGCGGGCGCCUGUGCGGGGGGUGCGCGGCGCCGCCCCCCCCGCCGCCGCCGCCGCCCUGCCGCCCCCCCCCGCCGCCGCCGCCGCCCGCCGCCGCCGCGCGCCGCCCGCCCGCCGCCUGCCGCCGCGCACCUUCCGCAGCUACCUGCCGCGCGCGCAGCGCACCUACAGCUGCGUCCACUGCCGCGCGCACCUGGCGCGCCACGAGGAGCUCAUCUCCAAGUCCUUCCAGGGCAGCCACGGCCGUGCCUACCUGUUCAACUCGGUCGUGAACGUGGGCUGCGGCCCCGCCGAGCAGCGCCUGCUGCUCACCGGCCUCCACUCCGUGGCCGACAUCUUCUGCGAGAGCUGCCGGACCACCCUGGGCUGGAAAUACGAACAAGCCUUCGAGAGCAGCCAGAAGUACAAGGAGGGCAAGUUCAUCAUCGAGAUGUCCCACAUGGUGAAGGAGAACGGCUGGGACUGACCCCCCCCCGCCGCCCCCCCCCGCUUUUGUACCGCAAUAAAGGCUUCUUUUCUA